UCUCAUCAGUACUCCACAGAACUGCACUUUCUUUGUUUAAUGUACAGAAUCAAGAGGCAUCAUGAAUUCAACUACAACAACAGAACCAGAAUAUUCUGACUACACACACCACUCUAUGAAUCAAACUACGGAUUCACCUCCUUGCGAUGCAGUGUGUAUUUUCUAUGCAGUAACUAAUGUGGUCAUCAUUGUCCUGGGUAUUGCUGGAAAUGGCUUGGUGAUCUGGACUGCAGGAUUUAAGGUCAAGAAGUCAGUCGUCAGCACCUGGUACCUGAGUCUGGCCAUGUCUGAUUUCAUAUUCUGCUGCUUUCUGCCAUUCAGAGUCAUCAACAUGGUCAAAAAAGCGUGGCUCUUUGGGCGCUUCAUGUGCAAUUUCAGUUACUUCAUUUUGUUCCUCAACAUGUUCAGCAGUAUCUUCCUCCUCGUCAUCAUCAGUGUGGACCGCUGUGUGAUUGUUACAUUUCCUGUGUGGACUCAAAACCAUCGCACUGUAAGAAAGGCCUCUGUGGUAGUCAUACUAGCCUGGGUCAUCUCCGCAGCACUUAGCACACCUUCAGCUGCAUUCCUAGAACUGUACAAGCACAGAACAGUUUUUUUCUGCAUAUACAUUCAUUUUGAAAAUUAUGUUGCUACCCUAGCAUGCCGAUUCAUUUUUUUAUUUGUGAUCCCAUUCCUGAUCAUUUUCAUCUGUUAUGUUGUCAUAAUACGAAAGCUGAAGUCCAACCAGAUGGCAAGAUCCAAAAAGCCAUUCAAGAUUAUGACGGUGCUGAUUGUUACUUUCUUGAUCUGCUGGCUGCCAUAUCACACUGUUAUUUUGAUGAACUUAUUCAUGCCAAAUCAUAAAUCAUUGUACAGCGCAUAUGUGUUUAGUCUCAUCCUUGUCCAUACCAACAGCUGUCUGAACCCAUUUCUUUAUGCAUUCAUGGGAAAAGACAUUAAGGAGCACUGUUAUGCUCUUUGGUUGAAGAUUGAGAACGCAGUCAAGGAGGAGGAUGACCAGAACACCAUCCAAGGGACAGCUUACACCACCUCUGGGGAAAGCAGACAUUCAACUAGCAUUUAGCUUUUACUGAAUAUCACAAAAAGGACAUCUUAACUGCUAAUGGA